GGAGAGUUUCACGCGCGGAUAAAACAAUGUUCCACUCAGACUACAGCAAGUGAAAUAGAGAACAGCAGCGUGCGAAUUAAGGCUUGAAUCUCCCCAAAGGAAGCCAAAACAAACGGUUGCGGGUGUCUAAAAAGUGCUGUACCAGCUGUGCAUGAGCUGUCCCUUCUACCAUGUGGUUCCUUCGAAAGUCCCCGACCCGCCACGACAGGCAUAGAUGACCAUCACAUGACCGUCUCUCAUGACAGACACUGCUACCAGAUCAUGUGGUCAAUCAAAGGAUGCCAAUGUUUUAUCAAAUCAUUGUGGCGCAAUAAGUACUACAGUAUCUCUGAAAGGAAGUAAGAGGCACUUUAUUUGGCUAAAGUUUUACCAGUUCCAUCACAAGCUCCUGUGGAUCAGAGAACCAGACUGCAUCGAGCAAAGUUUAAUGUUACGUAAAGCUUUUAAUACGAGCAAAGAUCUUGGACGAUGGCACGUGCAGGUUACAGGUCAGCUGUGAUUGCCGUUUCUGUCGAAUAAAUAAUCAGACUAAGAAUGCAGAUGGUGCCUACCUGCGCUGUGUCUGUUGCUGUGAGAGUGUGGCGUGCUUUGAAGUUUCCACCUGAGUGCAGGACUACACACAAACUGCACUGGCUGUAGAGGCUGGAUUGGAUAAGAGCAGUGUCGACAUCCUGCUAGACUUACAUGGGGAAAAACUGAACAUGUUUGAGACAUCAUGAGGAUAUCAAAUAAUGCACGGUUGGAAUGGCAAGCAGUUUACAACACCAAACAAGGGACAAAAUCACAUGAUGAGGCUUCAUAAUGGAGUGAUUAGAAGAAAAAGAAGAAACAACAAAGGAAGACCCCCAAUUAUUGAUUACAGCUGGAGAGGAAUACUAAAGAUGCGAGUCUAUAAAGACAGUGGUGAGAGAUCUCUGGCUAACCUUCUGUUGACUCCAGCGCUCCAGAGAGAGAAAGUGAGCGAGUACAGUGAGAGUUCCUGUAGAUGUCAUUGGUGUUCACUGGGCUAGUCUGGGUGGAGACUUGGCGUCUGGGUUUCUGACAGUCUGUCCUAGGAUGAACCGAGAGACUUGGUGGACAGGAGUCAGGACCGACACACACACAAAGACACUGAUGGAGUAUGUGAAUGAGGAGGAAAUCAGCUGUUUAGGAGAAACAAGAGCUCAGCCAAGACUCACCGCACUGUCUGGCAGAUUCCUCCUCCUCAUCGCUCCAUCGUUUUCAUUUUCAAUUACGCUCUACCCCGGUCCAUCAUUUUCUUGCUUGCUCUGUCUGCCGAACGGGCCAAAUCAAAUCCCACUCCUCUUGCUGGUGCUGUUUACCCUGGUCUCCGCAGGGAAAAUUGACUUGACUCGGGGCCACUGAGAAGAUGUUAUCUUUUUUCCGCUGACAUUUUCUAUCUCAAAUCACAUCAUACUCAUCAUUUGAUGUAGAGGGUUGACUUCGUAAUAAUUGGAUUUUCAGGCACGUGAUCAUGUAGCACUUGCAAUAAACACUAGUAAAUGAGCUGCAGGCGAUACUGACACAAUCUAUCUCUAAGCAAGUUAAAACAAGGCUACUACAAAACCCUACAAAGCCCUACAAAACCAACAGAUUUUAAGGUUGUCUGAGCAGAGAAGAAUAUUUCUGAUAGCUUUCUACCAAAUAUCCUCAUGCUCUUUCUUAUAAGGUCAAAUGUGAUCACUUCAGAGCACUGUCAGAAAGAAGGCCUCUGGCAGUGUGUAGUACACACUGCAACAAACACUAGCGCGCAAACACGCACUGGCCGGCAGUGACGCUGGUCCCUACAGCUGGGUCUCCAGCACGGAGUCGUACACAGUGGUCCACCUGUGACAAUAAACACUGUGAUUACCUCCUAGAGCCUACUGACGCCAUCUAAUAUACUCAAGAGAUCAUCACAAGGACAGGGUGACCAUUCCAUCCAUCUCUCCCGCACCACAUCUUUGUGACCCAUUCCCACCUCCUCCCCUCAGCAGAGCAGAGGAGCCUCAAGGGAAGUGCACUAGCUCAAUUCCCACAGCAUUUUCCAUCACUGAGACCAGGAGGUUGGAAAAAAAAAAAAUCAAGAUGGAAUUUGUAUUGAUUUGGCCAAAUCCCUCAGGAAGUUGAAAUGACAGGAGAAGUUGAAGAGACACUGAACACAGAUCUACAAGUUGGAUGGCAGGACUCAUUAGCUUGGUUCCAACAACUAGUGAGCUCAUGGAAAACCUGGAACUAUCAGUUCUCAUCCGCAACGGCCAGAUGAACACAAAGAGCACCAACCUGUUCAUCCUGAACCUCGGGCUGGCGGACCUCUCCUUCAUCGUCUUCUGCGUGCCUCUCCAGGCUACCAUCUACACCAUGGACGAGUGGGUUUUUGGACCCUUCGUGUGCAAAGCUGUGCACUUUAUCAUCUUCCUGACCAUGUACGCGAGCAUCUUUACUCUGGCAGCUGUGUCUCUGGACAGAUAUCUCGCCAUUCGUUACCCCUUGCGCUCAAGAGAGACAAGAACACCCCGUAAUGCACUAACCUCCAUUAUUCUGGUAUGGGUGCUAUCGGUGUUCUUCUCCAGCCCUUAUCUCAGCUACUACCAGCAGAUGGAUCUAGACGGGACCACCCUUUGCAUCCCGGCGUGGAACAUCCAUCAUCGUCGAGCCAUGGACAUCUGCACCUUCAUAUUCGGCUACCUCAUCCCAGUCCUCAUUCUCGGCAUCACGUACGCCCGCACCAUCCGCUACCUUUGGACCUCGGUGGACCCCAUGCAGAACAUGUCGGAAUCCCGCAAGGCCAAGCGCAAGGUGACCAAGAUGAUAAUCAUUGUGGCCGUGCUCUUCUGUUUGUGUUGGUUGCCGCAUCACCUGGUUAUCUUGUGCGUGUUGUUCGGCCACUUCCCGCUCAACCACACAACCUACGUCAUUCGCAUUCUCUCUCACCUGGUGGCGUACACCAACUCCUGCCUGAACCCCAUCGUGUACGCCCUGGUGUCUAAGCACUUCCGCAAGGGCUUCAAGAAGGUGUUUGGGUGUGCGUUCCCUAACCGGGUCGUAAACCGGAUCCACACCGUGCAGCCGGCGCAGACGGUAAGCCUUAUGGAAGCUGCCACAUGUGAAGGAUCCAAUCAUAGCGAUGGGUCAACCCGGGGUCGCCUCUGGAGCAAAAGUAGCAAGAAGAUGAUGACAAGUGCCUUCAUGACAUUUAAUGUGACAUAAUCCACUUACGCUCUCAACCGCUGUCAAAUCAGCGCUCACCAAAGUAUAAAACUCUUCUUUUCCGGUGGCUUUUAACAGCAUUUGAGCUGUGAUUACAUAACAGAGGUUGUCAUAUAGGCACAGGUUGUCAGGUAGAGAGGAAGCAGAGCUUUUUUGUGUUCUUGAUGAGGACGGUGACUGAUGUAUGUAAUGUAAAGUCUCUCGCGUCUGUGUUUUGUCAAUGUUGGCAGCUUUCGUCACUUUGUGUUUUGUGAAUGUGACUCAUAGUAGGGUUUUCCGGAGGUACGAAUAGAUUCAAUUAUUAGGACGGUGCCGACAUCAAGUUGUUUGGUUCAAACGUUCACAUGGCGAACAUUCAUAACAAUUUGAUCAUAUUUGAACAUAUUUUUAGAAUUUAUGGCACUUUAAUAAUUCUCUGCCAUUCUCAUAAUCUCCUUUUGGGUUAUUGCUAUACAGGAUCUGUUGUAUGGGUUGAUGAUAUAUAAGAGUUUCUAUGAUUAAAAAAAAAAUUCUUUUGAAUAUCUAGUUUAAAUCACAUGUGGUCAUAUGGUUUUGUAAAACAUAUUUAUUG